AAACAAAAGAGGGGUGAGCUGUCGACUUGUAUAUAGCGGCCCACCAUUUAACAACAGGAAAUUCAACAUGGCGGUGGAUGGGGACAAGACUCGUUCUCGAAUCAAGUUUGGCUCUUUCAAAGCGAAUGCGCGUCCAAUGACGCGCGUCGCCAUUAGUCACCGCUGCGUCGUAUCAGUUAUGAAAACCAUUGUCGUGACCGUUUUAGUAUUCAUGAUCCAUGGAUCGGUGGUCGAGGGCCAGUUCGAGCGAGGUCCCACCAGGCGAUCUGCGUUCAUGGAAUUGGCUCGUUUCGAGAACUGUGGGAUAUCGGCGACACCAAUCGCCGAAAUGUAUGCGACAACGCGCUUGGGAUGUGCGAUGCGCUGUUUAGAAAACAAUGAUUGCGUGAGCUAUGAAUUUAAUGAGGUAAACACAACUUGUAAUCUUCACGAAGUAUCAGCUUUAUUAAAUCUUGAAGCCAAGUAUGGAUACACAUACGCAGAUGGUGUCAAUCCUAAUGUGGGUGAACAACAUCCAUGUGCUGGUGAUCCAUGUAAUGAAGGAAACCUAUGUAUUGAGGAAUGUGUACCCAAUGGAUUUACUUGUGAGUGCCCAGAAGGAUUAAUGGGCACUUAUUGCGAUGCUCUGGCUCCUGUAAAUGGCGGGUUUACACCAUGGGGUGAUUACUCCGAGUGUUCUGACACGUGUCACCAGACUAGAUAUAGAAACUGUACCAACCCAAGAGUUGUGGCUAGAGGAAAGGACUGUGAGGGUCCCAACACUGGAGUCAGAGAUUGUGGCGUCCCGUGUACAGUUUUCCCGCAUAUUAACUGUAUUUCAACGUCGGACUUCAAAAAUGAUUACAACGCAGUGGAGAUCGAUGAUCAUAACCAGAUGACAUUGGGAGGAUGCAUGGCGACAUGUCAGGAAUUCGGCUAUAGGUUUGCUGGUAUAUCUGGGAGUAAAUGUCAUUGCGCAAGAAAUAUGAUGACAAGUCACACAGAUGAUUUUAGUGCUACAUGGGAAUGCGAUACACCCUGCCCAGGAUCAGCGGCAAGCUCUAAUCACACAUGCGGUGGUGAUGGACAUGUCUCUAUCUAUGCAACAGGAUCCAGCUAUCGUGGAUGCUACCAUGGAAGGCCAAAGAACGGUGUGGUGGUCAUUGAGCCUGCUGGUCCUACAACGAUGGCAAUGACCACUACCAUGAAGGUCACCACACUUGGAGAAGAAAUGACCACACAACCGGCUGAAGGAUCAACUGUGAACAAGGAAACCACUGUAAAUGAUGUGAUCACAACUGCUGGAGAGGAUGGAACAACUAUUGGACCAGUCAGCGGAGCAGUUGGGGCUGGGACCACUAAUUUAGCCUCAGGUAUGACAGGAGCUGCAGGAGGUGGAACUGUCACAGGAACCCCACAACAACCAGGUACCACAGAACCACCAACUACAAAUGCCCCAACGACUACAGCUGCACCAACCACCACUGACGGUGUAACCACACCCUAUGUUACAACCGUCAUUCCUUACCCUGGCAUCACUGUCAAUGAAUGCAUGGGUGAAUGCGAUGUGCUUGGAUAUAUGUACGCCUCUCUUUACAACGGAACACACUGUAUCUGUCAUAACUCGAUGGCUGCACUCGAUGUUGAGUACGAUGACGAGGCAAACUGCGAUAUUGAGUGCGAGGGGGGCAAUGACUACGGUGGCGGGUUGAUGUGCGGUGGCGAGGGAUAUGUGUCAGUUUAUCAGAGCAAGCUCUUUGAAACUACAACAUGGACCGACUGGUACAGUGGGGACUCUCCCUCUGGGGAUGGUGCUGAUAUAGAGACACCUGAUGAUUUCCGAGCAGCGAAACCAUGGGUGUGUGACAACCCUGUUGAUAUCCAGUGUAAGACUACUAAUGAUCUACACUAUGAUGAAACAGAUGACGUUCUGGCUGUACCAUGCACAUUACAAGGCGGGAUUAAUUGUACAAAGGAGGAUCAGACCAUCUAUUUCAAUGUGACAAUCAACAUUACCAACUAUGAUGUCUACGACAUCAACGUCACAACCCAGAUACAGCAAUAUGGCUGCUCGCUUUAUGGCGUUGCUGCCAACGGGAGCCUAGUCUACCUCGAGCCUUACACAGAGAGACCUACAGCUGAACCAACCACUACACCCUUCACAGGCACCACUGGUGGGCUAGCAAGUACCGCCACAAUGGGUGCUGCUGGCACCUUCACUAUGGCUAUGAGCACCACUGCCAACACGCCGCUGUACCUCAAUACCACCGUGCAGUGUGGGAAUGCAACGGUAGAUUUGGUAGAGACUCAGACGAUGAAUGAUUCUAUAGUGGUGCUGUCGUGGAAACUCGUACCGCAAGAAAAUGCUUGUGAAGAUUACAAGAUCAGGCUCAAAUGCCCCAAGGGUAAAGUCCUUGAUUUGCUACAAUUUCUUUCCUCAGAAUCCUGGCUAUGCAUGAAGGAUAUAAAGCCACCAUAACGGGCAUGUUUUAAAAUCUUUUGAUUUUGAUUAGAAGGGAAUAUUUAAACACUAUUUAUGGAUUCAAUACACUACUUGUAUAUAGUUAGACUUAAAGGUAUAGUGUAUGAUUGGUUGAUCUCAGACAAGGGCAAUGAAUCAAUUUUGAAAUUAUUACAUUCAUUAAAUACCUAUAUUAUUGCUCUAUUUUAUCACGGAAAAGAAACUUGCAUAACUUUUAUAUUCUCAUGAUAUUGAGGGGUGAAACAUAUAUUAUAACAAAUCUCGGUUAAACGAUAAAAGUUUGAACUUUCUUAUUGACGCCCUCUCGGGUUAAAAAAUAAAUUGAUAUUAGAA